GAAAGAGCUACUCGAUCGUGCUGGGAUCGCAAAAGCUCGAGGAACCUGGGGGGCUGGUUCCGCGUAGAGUUGUUGGGGUUCCGUCACUCUUUCGAUCUUUUUCUCUUUUCCUCGUUCGCGCUGUGUACGGUAAAGCCAAAUAAAAUAAAUGUCAAAUAAUCAAAAUAGUAAUAGCCGAGAUUGAGGAGAGAAAUAAGCCUGGGAAACGAAUAAAAGCGUUUUUUUUCUAUAGGGACAUGCAAUAAUGUUCACUUUACUAUCAACGAAGACAAUCGUGGAUAAUCGUUUCGACGCGAGUGUCGCGAUUAAUUAUCGCUCCUCGUUUCGUACGUGUCAUUUGUUUAAUACGUCGCUUGAAAUUCCAGUGUGAGUGCGUGAACCAGUGUGUUGGUGGCAGUUUAGAGGCUAUUAAGUAUUAACUUAAUAACGUCGCAGUGAGCGCCGAACCACCAGGAUCAAACCGGGCAGAUUGACAGGUAGCUCAAAGGAUUGAAAGAGCUCGGAGUGUAUUGAAUAGCUGGCAUUGAAGUAACACUGAAAAGAUGUCGUCGGUUAAGGUGGCCGUGAGGGUUCGUCCUUUCAACAACCGUGAAAUAUGUCGGGAGGCUCAAUGUAUCAUCGAAAUGACGGGAAAUACGACCUCCAUAGUAAAUCCGAAAGCACCACCAGGAACGAAAGAUGCCAUAAAAAGCUUCAAUUACGAUUACUCCUAUCAUUCGAUGGAUCCGAACGAUUCAAAUUAUUCAUCGCAAAUAAUGGUUUACAAGGACAUUGGAGAAGAAAUGCUGCAGCAUGCGUUUGAAGGAUACAACGUUUGUAUAUUUGCGUAUGGCCAAACCGGGGCCGGAAAAUCUUACACGAUGAUGGGUAAACAAGAGGAAGGGCAGGAAGGAAUCAUUCCACAGAUUUGUAAAGAUCUGUUCCGUAAAAUAAGCAAAAACUCGAGUGAGCAAUUGAAACACUCGGUGGAAGUGAGCUACAUGGAAAUAUAUUGCGAGCGGGUUCGAGAUCUUUUGAAUCCGAAGAACAAAGGAAAUCUUCGUGUCCGCGAACAUCCCUUGCUCGGUCCAUACGUCGAGGAUCUUUCGAAACUUGCAGUAAUGUCCUACGAGGAUAUUCACGACCUCAUAGACGAAGGAAAUAAAGCGAGAACCGUCGCAGCAACGAACAUGAAUGAAACUUCGAGCAGAUCACACGCGGUCUUCACCAUCUUCUUUACUCAGCAACGACAAGAUAGCACGACCGGUCUCGUUACCGAAAAAGUCAGCAAAAUUUCUCUGGUGGAUCUCGCAGGAUCGGAACGUGCUGAUUCUACGGGUGCUAAGGGCACCAGGCUCAAGGAAGGAGCAAAUAUCAAUAAGAGCUUGACAACUCUUGGAAAAGUAAUCAGCGCUCUUGCCGAAAUCGCGGCAACAAAGAAAAAGAAGAAAGCGGAUUUCAUCCCUUAUCGGGAUUCCGUUCUGACUUGGUUGCUCCGCGAAAAUCUCGGUGGCAAUUCCAAGACAGCGAUGAUCGCAGCUGUCAGCCCUGCUGAUAUAAACUACGACGAGACCCUCUCGACUCUUCGAUACGCAGAUAGAGCGAAACAAAUUGUUUGCAAGGCAAUCGUUAACGAGGACGCAAAUGCCAAACUCAUACGCGAACUCAAAGAGGAAAUACAAAAGCUGCGAGAGUUGCUCAAGCAAGAGGGUAUCGAUGUUCAAGAAGGGCCAGAUGGCAAAGUCUGUUAUGAAAAAAAAGAAUCUAGAGACGAUCCAGUCAUUAUUAAAUCGUCAAAACGCGAAGAAGACGAUAAGGAAUCACGACAGAGACUUCCCUCACAUCCUACUUCGACCUUCGCCGAAAAUGCUGUUGAUCAGUUACAAGCUUCGGAAAAACUGAUAGCCGAAUUGAAUGAGACUUGGGAGGAAAAGCUCAAACGUACCGAGUUGAUUCGUCUUCAACGCGAAGCAGUCUUCGCUGAAAUGGGGGUUGCGGUCAAAGAAGAUGGGGUAACCGUUGGUGUAUUCUCACCGAAGAAAACUCCUCAUCUCGUUAAUCUCAAUGAGGAUCCGUUGAUGUCCGAGUGUUUGAUUUAUUACAUAAAAGAUGGUUUCACAAGAAUUGGCUCUGCUGAGGCGAAUAUUCCUCAAGAUAUUCAGCUCUGUGGUCCUUACAUCUUGAGCGAACAUUGCGUCUUCGAAAAUCACGAAGGCGUGAUAACUCUCAUGCCGAGGAAAGGGGCCCUUAUUUAUGUUAACGGCCGUGAGAUUUCUGAACCGAUUAUUCUUAAAACUGGUUCAAGAGUUAUUCUUGGGAAAAAUCAUGUUUUUAGAUUUAAUCAUCCUGAUCAGGUUCGUGAACGCAGAGAGAAAACUUCACCGGCUGAAACUCCAGCGAAUGGCGAGACUGUUGAUUGGAAUUUCGCACAGAUUGAAUUGCUGGAGAAACAGGGUAUCGAUCUUAAAGCCGAAAUGGAAAAACGUUUGUUGAAUCUCGAGGAACAAUUCCGAAAAGAAAAAGAAGAGGCUGAUCUACUGUUUGAGGAACAACGGAAGAAUUAUGAGGCGAGAAUAGACGCCCUCCAAAAACAAGUCGAAGAACAGAGCAUGACCAUGUCAAUGUACAGCAGCUAUACGCCUGAAGAUUUCAACAAUAUCGAGGAAGAUAUAUUCGUCAACCCAUUGUUUGACGCAGAGAGCAACUGGAGCGAGCGAGAAUUCCAGCUGGCAGCGUGGGCAUUUAGGAAAUGGAAGUAUCAUCAGUUCACCAGUUUAAGAGACGAUCUUUGGGGAAACGCUAUAUUUCUCAAGGAAGCCAAUGCCAUUUCUGUUGAACUCAAAAAGAAGGUGCAAUUCCAGUUCACGCUUCUCACCGACACUCUCUACUCGCCAUUACCCGCUGACCUUUUGCCGGUGAUGGACGAUGAGGAGGAAGAAGAUCGUCCUUUCCCACGCACAAUCGUAGCAGUGGAGGUCCAAGAUACGAAAAAUGGUGCCACUCAUUACUGGACAUUGGACAAAUUACGACAACGCUUGGAGCUAAUGCGUCACAUAUACAAUGAAGACUUGAGUGCCAGCAGUCCGGAGGCGAAAGAGGAUAUUUUCCAAUGCCUUCCGGUUUAUCAGCAUAAUCAGAGGUUCUCGCUAGCAAACCUUUUGCCUUCGAGGCAACGACUGGAACUCAUGCGCGAAAUGUAUCACAAUGAAGCUGAACUGUCGCCCACUUCACCGGAUUACAAUAUUGAAAGUAUCACCGGUGGUGAUCCCUUUUACGACAGAUUCCCAUGGUUCCGCAUGGUUGGGAGGUCCUUCGUGUAUCUAAGCAACCUGAUGUAUCCGGUACCACUGAUUCACAAAGUUGCUAUUGUCAACGAGAAGGGCGACGUCAAAGGUUAUCUUAGAGUGGCAGUACAAGCCGUUGUCGAGGAAAACAGUGAAUAUUCGAGUGGUGUGAGGCAGUCUGCUCGUAUAUCAUUUGAGGACGAUUUGUUCGGUACUCAAGGACGAGCAAGUAAACGUUCAACAUUGUUGGCUCAAACUCUCGACAAGAAUCAACAGAUAAUGAUGCAGGAAGAGCGGGUCGUCGAGGGCAAAACGGAAAGUAAGGACUGUGUCAAAGACGAGGAUGAAGUUGGUGAUGCUGACAGUGGCAGAGGGGAUAGUUCCGUUUCUAGCGACACUAAGGAAGAUGAAUUACCAGAUCACCUUCAACCUGGUGCCGAAUUCACGUUCAGAGUUACUGUCUUACAGGCGAUGGGCAUUUCUACCGAAUAUGCUGACAUAUUUUGUCAAUUCAAUUUCCUUCAUCGACAUGACGAAGCAUUUUCUACUGAACCUGUGAAAAACACGGGCAAAGGAAAUCCACCUGGUUUUUACCAUCUUCAGAAUAUCACCGUCACGGUCACCAAAUCUUUCGUUGAUUACCUCAAGUUACAACCGAUCGUCUUCGAAGUCUUUGGUCACUAUCAACAACACCCACUUCAUAAAGAUGCCAAGCUCGAUUAUAAUAACACAAGUGGAAAUGGUAGUAACAGCAUAAGGCAACCACCGAAACGAAUGUUACCGCCUUCGAUUCCAAUAAGUCAACCGGUACGAUCACCGAAAUUCGGUUCGGUCUUACCGUCACCGAGUACUUCUCACGUGCACGCGAAAUACGACGUUCUCGUAUGGUUCGAGAUUUGUGAAUUGGCGCCAAACGGAGAAUACGUACCGUCUGUCGUUGACCACAGCGACGAUUUGCCAUGCCGUGGUCUCUUUUUACUGCAUCAGGGAAUACAAAGACGGAUAAGAAUAACGAUAGUCCAUGAACACGCAUCCGAGUUGAGAUGGAAAGACGUCAGGGAAUUAGUUGUUGGAAGAAUUCGUAAUACACCCGAACCCGAAGAGGAAGACAAUGAUUCUUCCGUCCUUUCACUCGGUUUAUUCCCCGGAGAAUAUCUCGAAAUUCCUGGCGAUGACAGAUCCAUGUUCCGAUUCGAAGCUGCCUGGGACAGCUCUUUACACAAUUCAGCUUUACUCAACAGAGUUACAUCUUAUGGUGAACAAAUAUUCAUGACGAUAUCUGCAUAUCUCGAGUUGGAAAAUUGCGGCCGGCCCGCAAUUGUCACAAAGGAUCUGAGUAUGAUCAUUUAUGGUCGUGACGCCAGGGUUGGGCCACGAUCGCUCAAACACUUAUUCACGGGUAAUUAUAAGAAUCAAGAAGCCAACAGACUGAGCGGUGUCUACGAAUUGGUACUUCGACGUUCUUCCGAAGCUGGUGUUCAAAGACGUCAACGCAGAGUGUUGGACACGUCAUCGACGUACGUCAGAGGCGAGGAAAAUCUUCAUGGAUGGCGUCCACGUGGUGACAGUUUGAUCUUCGAUCAUCAAUGGGAAUUGGAAAAACUGACGAGGCUCGAAGAAGUUGAAAGGGUCAGACACACGCUAAUAAUGCGAGAAAAACUCGGUAUCGACAAAGUCUCGUUGUGCAACAAGAUUUCACACGAUUUCACCAAGAGCGAGAAGGAGGUUUGCAACAUGGUCGCAAAGGCUACAAACGACCCGCAUGCGAGUCCCGUAAAGUUGAAGCGUUCGAACUCAACGAAGGACCUUUACGAGCCUUGGGAAAUGACGGAUCGAGAACGAGAGCUUGCUACCAAAUACAUAAAACUCAUACAGGGAAGGAUACCGAACAAAGAACCAGGAAUCGUACUUUCGGACGUCUCGCCGGGCGAGGACACGAUAACGGACAUGUCCGCUUCCCUCAUAUCUUCGAUAAUGUCAUCGUCGUCACAAGAGUCAGUAUACACCAACAGCACGAUUAGCGCGUCUUCGUCCUCGGGAAUUUCGUGUCUCGGGGACAAUGGCCAAGCAGAGCUCGAGCCUGCGGGGAUAAUUGUGAGGAGCAGAUCUAAGUCGUGCAUCUUUAGGUUGAGUUCGCCGGAGCGUGCGAGGCUUCAAGAGCUGCAGGAGAGUAUGAUGGUUGGGGUUGGACCGAACGAUACGACAACGACGAAUCAAUCGGCCUCGAUUGCUCCACCUCCCCUUGGUUCCUCGUCGCCUUUGAAGGAAAGUCUUGUGUUAUAUGUACCAGAAGUUGAGGAAAUUCGUAUAAGUCCUGUUAUCGCGAGGAAGGGUUAUCUCAAUGUCCUUGAACACAAAACUAAUGGUUGGAAGAAGCGAUGGGUCGCUGUACGCAGACCCUACGUAUUUAUAUUUCGGGAGGAGAAGGAUCCGGUCGAGCGUGCCCUUAUUAAUUUGGCAACUGCUCAGGUUGAAUAUUCUGAAGAUCAACUCGCUAUGGUCAAAGUCCCAAAUACGUUUAGUGUGGUGACUAAACACAGAGGUUACUUGUUACAAACCCUCGGCGACAAAGAAGUGUAUGACUGGCUAUAUGCUAUAAAUCCUCUUCUGGCUGGUCAGAUAAGGUCGAAACUAGCCCGCAAAGGACCUGUGACAGGCGCAAAUUCAACGACAUUUGGUUUAACGGUGUCGGCACCAUUGAUUGAGACGACGCAAGCGCAGCCAAAGUGAGUGACGAGGGAUUGGCUCGGUGGCGAAUUAGUGAGCCUUAUCACUGUUGCUUCGAGAAAAUUAAUCGCAAGUUCAAACGCGACUCUCGAGACUUGCGAUAUUCGUAUCUUACGAUUCGCGCUCGUAUUCGAAUAAUGAAAUAUCACAAGAAACAAUGAUGGAAUAAAUGUGGAAAAGAGGAAAAAGCACCCAAACAACAUACGAACAUUCAACAAUAACAAUAAAUUACGCGAUUGAUAUCAUUUCGUAAUUGAAUAAUGAGACCCGUGCUUAUUACCGCAAAAUGGUAAAUCUCACACACGUAUUUAUAUAUAUUUUUAAAAAAUAUAUAUACCUAUGUUCGGAAUAUUGCUAAAAAAACCAAAUUUUCGUUUAUAUGAAAUUUCGUUGGGUCAUUUUUCCUCAGCACUAUUUCGGUUGCGUUCCAGUUUGAGGAUUCGUUCCUUCUAAUCCAAACGAAUUUGGGGAUUCUUAUUCUAAGUCGCAUGUACGCAUUACGCAUUUAUUUCAACCGGGAACCGUACUAUGUGCGUGCGCCUCAGAGAAACGUGGGACUCCCCUAAACUUGUUGUAGAGAUUCAAAUGAACGAAGCCACCUGCCGAACCAUCGAACGGGUACUCACCGUCCGUUUUUCAAUCAUAACAAAAAACGCGUCUACGGUCGAGACUCGAGAGCUUGAAACGUGAGUUAGGAGAGCACGUGAGACCGGUAUUAAAAAUGGAAAAUUUCAUUACGAUGAUUAAUACUUACAUGAAAUCGUGAUGAGAAAAAGAGAAGAAAAUGCCUAAUUUUAUUUGGAAGAAGUCGUAGAAAAUAGCUUUGCUUUUAUCGCAAUACCACAUUGAAUUGAAUGAGAUACAAAUAGAAGAGAGAGAGAGAGAGAGAGAGAGAGAGAGAGAGAGAGAGAGAGAGAGAGAGAGAGAGAGAGAGAUUGAUUGAUAGAGAGAGAGAGAUGAAAAAGAAACACACAAACGUCGUAGUUUUUAGCUCUAUCAUAAUUACAUUACACAUAUAUGAGAAUACCGGUUAUGUGGAAACACAAAAGGAAUCGGUAAAAUUUAUUUUUAAAUUUCCAAACCGUUUCGUUUUGUUUGUCCUUUGUUAGUUGUACCAUAGAAACUUAUUAAUUGUGUGAAGAUAAAUCUAAAUCGUUAUUUGUUGAAAAAAAUAAGAAUCUUUGUCUGCGUUUUGUUUGCUGCUGAGAGAGCAAAUUUUCUUGAGGUCUUCGAGGUUAUUGCAAUCUAAAAAAAUGUUUUGAUUAGUACAAAUUUAAAAAUUAUGUUUGACAUUUAAUCAUUUUGGUUUGCGAAUUAUUCGAAUCUAAAAAGGGAAAAUGAAAAGUCUGUUGAUUUGUUUUGCAAACGAUGUUUUUCGUACAAUGUUUUUAUUGAAAGAGGCAAGCAAGAACCUUGAAUUCGUCACCGUAUACUAUAAAAAUCAUCCCUUGUUUAACGAGAUAAAAUGACAAAAAAAUAAGAAAAUGUGAAAAAAGAAUCAGUAAAUUUUGCUUAAGGUCCUCUCUUGCCACUACAGCGCCACCUGCGUACCACAUUAUUAAAUGUCGAAUCGUUGCCACGUUCGAGCAGCUAUUAUAAAAAUGUUCGUGCACGAUUGAAAAAUGAAAAAAAAAAUACUGUAAUUGAACACUAUUUACUAAUACUGUUACUACGAAUAUAGAUGAGUUUGUUCUCUCUCGUUUUAUGCUUGAGUACGCGGGCGUUUUGGACAAACUUAAAUUUCGUGUUUUGACUCUCUAAAGGCUGUUCUAAGUGCGCAGAUAAUUAAUAAACAAAAAAAGUAUCGUAUUCAUUUAGACGUAUGUGGAGUCGUCUGCGCAAGCAGUCAUUCAUUUUCAUCAUCAUCCGUGCUCCACUUCACUCCGUGCAUAAGCUCUGAACGGCUGUUUCAUUCUCCGAUUUUUGUGAGACAGUAAAUUUUUAGUCAUUAUUGUUUUCAUUUUCAUGGAAUUUUUCAUCAACGUGUAAUGCACUUAUUUGUUUUCAAUUUUUUUCUACUAACUGGAACUGUUGGUUUACUUGUAUAAACAAGUUUCGAAAUUACUAUCAACAGGUUCAAAUAAUGUUUUUUUAUUUUAAUACCGUUGACGGCAUCAUUCACCUUAUACAGUAAAUAUAUUGAAACAGAUUCUCCGGCAUUGUUUCAAUCGUUCAUCGAAAUUGGAAGUUCAAUUUUCGCACGAAUCACUUGCACGGAGCGAAAAAAUUUCAUCCUUUGCGGAAAAACGCUCAAAAAGGAUGCGCAAGAACACACGUCGGCAGAGUGGCCGGGGGCGGGGGUGAAGGGGAGGAGGGAGGAGGGCGUUUUCAAAAGCACGCGAAAUUCAUGCAGAACUUUGAGACUGGUAUGUGGAAUUAGACGAGGAUUCGAAGAAAACAAAGAAAAUAAAUAAAAAAGAGAAUAUAUGGAAAGAUGGUAUAAUGAUGAUAAUGCUAUCGAUCACGAGUCAAGGAGUUCCGCGACGCGCGCACCAUUAAAUAAUCGGUAUAAUGAUGUAUAUAUUUAACGAAGAGUAAAAAAAAUUGAUGUACUAAGUGGGAAUGAUGGAAGACGAAAGAAAAAGAAAGAGAAGAUAGAGAAAAAGAAAGGGGUGUGUUUUAUUCCUUAUUCGCAAUCAUUCGUAAUUUUCUAGUCAUGUCCGCCUUUCUCCGUUUACGGCUCUGGCAGCAUUCCACCAGCCCGAUUGCUGAAAAGUAAAACAAAGAAAAAUAGCAACGGCACAAAACACCGUUACUAUAUGCAGACUGUGGUUACCGUGAAAAAUUAAAGAGAGAUAUGGUGAUGAGAAAAAAUGAAAAAUAAAAAAAGAGCCAGAGCGCAACAACGACUUUAUGCUUGCUGACUGUUGUAGUAAUUUAAUAGUUUUAUUUUGUUAAAGAAAAAAAGGAAAAAAAGGCGGCGAGCAAAGAAUAAUGAAGAAUAAUAUACUGUUGGUAAAAAAGUAACGAAAAGAGGGUUUAAAGAUAGCGAUAUUAUCUAGUAAGAGAAUUAAUUCAUGAAACAAUCGAACCCAACACUAUUAUAAUAUCUUGAAAGGGCUAUUGAUUUUUUGAGAACAUACUCGAAGUCUUAUGGUGGAGAAUACAAAAUGAAAUAUUAUAUCUAUAUAUGAGAAUGAAAUUGAAGCACUCGGAUGAAAAUCUCUGCAAACUAUACACUUUGAAUUAGAAUUGCUACGUGGAAGAGACAAAUAUUCAUGAGAAAACGAGAAAAAAAACCGGAGCAGUUAGGGUCUUCGAACUUCGGUAGUUGAAAGUUAUGAAAUCGUCUGGCAUUAAGGACCAUGCACCGCGAAGAAUCAGUAUGGAAAAAGUUUUGAAGACACAAGCUUUCUUACCUCAUUCCCUUCAUUAGAGGGGUUCUGCUUCAGGAGGUCAAAAAAAUCAAUUGUUUUGGUGAAUUUUUUUAGGAUAGAAGGAAAUAACUCACCAUAGAGAUCUUUAUGGAAUAGUUUUAAGAGUAUUUUAAGAGUAGAAAAACAUUUUUUUUUAUUAUGAAAAAUACUGAGAUGUACAUGAUUUAUGCACAAAGUUUCAUUGUCGUAGUUUCUCAACUGCGUGCAAGAUUGAAAAAAAAACUAUAUGUCCAAUUGAAGCGUAAUAGAGAUUUUUGUGUUUAGAAUUAAAUUCUCUUCUAUGUGAACCUAAAAAAUUAUUCAAAAUUUCUGCUUAAACAACUCUUACAGAACGUUGAAGUGAUAUUAUUUUUAUUUAUAAGCGUUUUUCUUUUUCAAACCUGCUAAAAAUAUCGCAAUUUUUCGGGUUUUUAUAGAUUCACAUAGAAGAGAAUUCAUUUCUAAACACAAACAUUUUUUUACGUUUUAACCGGACGCAUAGUUUGUUUGCGAUAUUGUACGCAGCGGAGGAACUUUGACAAUUAGACUUUACGCAUAAACCAUGUACAUAUGGUUUAUGCGCAACGUAUUAUUAGUAUUUUUCACGUUAAAAAAAUGUUUUUGUACUUUUGUAAUAUCCUUGAAACUAUACCGAAAAGCUCGGCUAUGGUGAGUUAUUUCCUUCUAUCCUAAAAAAAUUCUCAAAAACGAUCGAUUUCCUUGAUUUUCUACAGCAAGAGACCCCCCCCCCCUCUCCUCUUAAAUUUCACUUCAAGCGAACUGAUCCGAAUAAAUAGACAUUAUGAGUUAAGUUUUUGAAAUUUUUUUCCUAAACUACCGCUCUUCAGAGAUAAGUGAACAAAAUAAAUAAAAUAAAAAGUUCGUUAAACAAUAAACGACAAACGUUUGUUUGAUUUUUUUGAAAUUUCCAAUAUCUAAAAGAAAAAUUCCCUCGGAUGUGUCAUUGAUUGGGUCAUUACGCCUUAACACUCAUGCUAGUCGUUAUUACGUUUCUUUCUUCUUUGCCGACAUGAUAAUUCAGGAUGAUACUGGCAACGUAGAAAAGAAUAAUAAAGUGAAAGAAAAAAGGAGAGAGAGUAAGAGAAAGAGAGCACGGCGCGCAACACGCGUGUACUCAUAAUAAACAUACAUUCUACAACACUAUACAUUAUUCCAGAGCGUAACGAGAGAAAAAAAAGAAAAGAAAUCUUUUAAUGCUGUAACGUGUAUUUAUUAUACUGUAUAACGAUUACUCGACCGAAUGUGUCACAGUAAUACUGUAAGUGGAAACAUAUGUAAUAAAUCGAUAAAUAAAAAGCUUGAGCUUGAAAAAGUUUAA